AAACAUCAAAACUAGUAGAAGUGAUAAACCACGAGAAAACUAUGGCGUUAAACAUUUUCUUUUCCCGGUUUUAAAAUGAGAAUUGGAGAUGGUUUAUGUCGGUAUGGAUUUUUGCAAAAAUUACACCAUUUAAGGAGAAAUUUUUUAUCUAUUUUGAAUUAUAGAUUAUCGUCCAAUUUAUAUAUUGUUAAAAAAUAUAGUUUUCAACAGAUUUGUGCCUUUAAGUCAACAUGUGGGAGAAGUGCUUCUUUUUGCUUGACAAAUGCAAGAAAUUUAUAUUGUUUUCAAAAAUAUUGUCAGACGUUUGCUGCACAUAUUCCUGGCCAUGUUCCUAGCACCUCAGCUACUGAUCUGUUUAAAUUUGUCCAAUUGGAUAUUUUAAAGAUUUAUGAAGAUAUUAGAAAAGAAUUAGAAACUUCAACUAAAGAACUUAAAGAAGUAACAACAUAUUACUUUGAUGGAAGUGGAAAAGCAUUUCGUCCUUUAAUUGCAGUUAUUAUGGCAAAAGCAUUAAAUUAUCAUGUAUUAAAUUCAAACAGUUUAUUGGACUCUCAAAUGAAAGUAGCAAUGACUUCAGAAAUGAUUCAUAUUGCAAGCCUCUUACACGAUGAUGUAAUUGAUGUUUCUGGAAUACGAAGAGGUAAACCUAGUGCAAAUACAGUUUGGGGACAAAGAAAAGCAAUUUUUGCAGCAGAUUUUAUAUUAUCUCAAGCAGCCAAAAUACUUGCAAAAAUAGGAAAUACAGAUGUCAUAAUUCUUUUAUCACAAGUUUUAGUAGAUUUAGUUCAAGGUGAAUUGAUGCAAUUAGGAUCAAGAGAGAAAGAUGAUCAACGAUUUUCUCACUAUCUUCUGAAAACAUUUAACAAGACUGCAAGUUUAAUUUCCUUUACUUGUCAAUCUAUCAAAUUUUUACUCCAAAUUUUGCUUAUAAUUCUUAUCGAUGACUUAUUAGAUUUUGCAUCCAGUCAAGUGCAAAUGGGUAAGCCUACAACAGUUGAUUUACAGUUAGGAUUAGCAACUGCUCCAGUUCUGUUUGCUUGUGAAAAAUAUCCUGAAAUGAACAAUUUAAUUAUGAGAAGAUUUUCUGAGCCUGGUGAUGUAGAGAAAGCAUACAAAAUGGUUAUAAAUAGUGAUGGCAUUGAAAACACAAGAUUACUAGCCAGAAAACACUGUGAUGAGGCAGUAAAGAGUAUAUCUUCUCUAGAAGAUACACCUGAAAAGAAGGCACUUAUAGCUCUCACGCAAUUUGUUUUAACAAGGACUCAUUAGUUUAUAGUGUAUAGAAUUUUAAUGUUAAUUAUUAUGAUGAUGAAAUGUAAUUAGGUAAAUAUUAAAUUGGAAGUUUUCUAGCUAAUAUAAAUGAAUAAAAUUGUUAAUUGUUAAAUUUUGAUAAGAACAGUAUAUGAUCAUGUUUGAUGAACAAUAUCAUUGUUGUUAAAUAAGAGGUUAAUUAGUAUAUGUCUAAAUACUAGUAAAAAAGUCAUUUGAACAUUUUGAUGUUUAUAUGUAGAAUAAUCAUAAUGAACAAACCAAGGUUUUUUUUAACAUGAAUAAAAUUGAAGUAUUUAUGAUAAUACAUUAGACAAUUUUCUAUAAAUGAAUCUAAAUUUUAGUUUACUACUACAAAUUCUUCAUAAUAAUUUUUAAUCUGGGCGAGUCAAUACUUUGACUUAUGAGAUUUGAAACUGCCGAUAUGACAUGAUCAACAACUAACACUUGAAUUUUCUAUAACAUUCAUAAAUUUAUUUAUCUAGUUGCUGAUAUUUUUCAACAAUGCUUGAAAUUUGGUCACAGCCUCCCAUACAAAGUUAUGUAGUGGAUAAGUGAUUCAUUAGUUGUGGUCAUUGGAUCACAUAUUAAAAUAUGUGAAUUAUAGCAAAUUAAGCACAAUAAGGAUAAUAUAAAUGAGAAUAUUAUAUUUAAGGAACUUUUGUGCAAAUAAUUUUACCCGGAGUGUGGUGCAACUAGUAUUAACAAAUUUUGAGUAGUUUUUGAUGGCAUUUUGCAGAAACAGAAUAUCAUUGAGUGCAUUUGUUUGCUACACAUCUGGAGAGGAUUUUUUAUAAAUGAUGUAACAUGUGGACAGCAGUUGAAAAUAUAUAGGUACAGGCAGAGCUUGCAAUUCCAAUGUCAUUUCCAAUUUUGUUUUGAUUUACCAUUGUAUGCAUCAAGAGGGUUUUGAAAAUCCAUCACAUAAGCUCAUUGCAAUGAAAUGGCAAUAGAUAUCAUUAUUGUCAUAUUAUGUUAUUACUUUGCAUUGCCUUUCUUAUAAUAUCCUGAGGAAGUUAAGAAUUUGCACUCAUUGGAGAACUCAUUGACACAGUUGAUAAUGGGCAAUGUAUCCCAGAGUGAUUACUGGCAACCAAAUUUGGUCUCUCUUGUACAAUCCAUAGAGCAAACAUAUUUCAUUGACACAGAAAUCAACCUUUUCACCAGUGCAUAGAAACUCUGAUCUGUAGAGAUAAAACAGAAGUAAUGCUCAUGAAUUUUUUUUGAUUCAUUAAGAGUUUGUUCUUAAUGGUAGACUGAGAAUAUUAAUAUAGGAUUCCUUGUUAGUCACAUCCACAAUCAUUUUCAUCUUAUUAUGUCAUGUCUGGCAAGAAAAAAGAUAAAUUCUCAUAUUUUUGCUUGCUAGAUAUUUAGAACUAGGAUGCAAAUACCAGUGGCCUCUUUCUCAAUAGGACUUCACACCCACAGAAGCUUUAUCAAAAGGCCCCAGAUUUAAAUUAGAAGGAAUCUUGAAAAGUGCUUAACCCUGAAAAAAUUUGACUGAGAAGGGAUGAUAAUCCAAAAAAUGUCAAAUUUUUUCCCAUUAAUAUUUACAAAUUUGCAAAAAAUUAGCACUUACAAUGUUUUUCUAAAAAUAUUUAUUUAUAUUAGAAUAAUU